AUGUGGAACAUAAUUUUAAAAUCUUAUUUUAAAGAUGCUUCUCAGUGUUUAAAACCUUAUUAUUUACAAUAUUUGCGGGAAUCAUCGGAAAACAUUCAUAGGAAAAUCUACACUGUGGGGAAAUUUCAUAAUAGCAGAUUUUCAAGUACCAUGAAUAACAAACUGAUGAAUGGAAAUCUUCGGGACACAGACCCAGAACUGUAUAAAAUUAUUCAAAAUGAGAAGCAUCGCCAACAAAGUGGUCUGGAGAUGAUUGCGUCUGAAAAUUUUACAUCAAUUCCCGUUCUGCAAUGCCUGAGUUCCUGUCUUCAUAAUAAAUAUUCUGAGGGAAUGCCAAAUCAAAGAUACUAUGGAGGCAAUGAGUUUAUUGAUGAAAUAGAAAUCCUAGCCCAGAACCGAGCUAUAGAAGCUUAUCGUUUGAAUCCUGAAGAAUGGGGUGUUAAUGUUCAACCUUACUCUGGCUCUCCAGCAAACUUUGCUGUGUACACCGGUGUUGUAGAGCCUCAUGGACGAAUCAUGGGGUUAGAUCUUCCUGAUGGCGGCCAUUUAACCCAUGGAUUUUUUACUUCCACUAAGAAAAUAUCAGCGACAUCUAUGUUCUUCGAAAGCAUGCCCUACAAGGUGGAUCCUUCCACAGGUCUAAUUGAUUAUGACAAAUUGGCCGAAACAGCAAAAUUGUUUAAACCACGCCUUAUAAUCGCUGGGAUCAGUUGCUAUUCCCGUUGUCUGGACUAUAAGAGGUUUAAGGAAAUCGCCAACGAGAAUGGCGCGUUGUUAAUGGGUGAUAUGGCACAUAUUUCUGGACUUGUUGCAGCAGGAGUCAUACCAAGUCCUUUCGAGUACUGUGACAUAGUGACCACAACCACCCAUAAAACCCUUCGUGGACCAAGAGCGGGCGUCAUCUUCUACCGCAAAGGGGUUCGAUCGGUAAACGCGAAAGGAGAAAAGAUUAUGUACGACCUUGAGAAUAAAAUCAAUAUGGCGGUGUUCCCUGGACUUCAAGGUGGACCGCAUAACCACGCCAUUGCAGCUAUCGCGACAGCAAUGAAACAAGCUACCUUACCAGAGUUCGCUGAUUACCAACGACAGGUAAUCAAGAAUGCCCAACGUCUCUGCGAAGGUCUAAUAUCUCGUGGAUACAAAAUAGCAACAGGUGGAACCGACGUCCAUAUUGUGUUAGUGGAUGUUCGUAACGUCGGCUUAAGCGGCGCUCGCGCAGAACGUAUAUUGGAAUUAUGCAGUGUCGCCUGCAACAAGAAUACCGUUCCGGGGGACAAAAGUGCCUUGAAUCCUAGCGGGAUUCGGUUAGGAACACCAGCUCUAACUACACGUGGCCUCAAGGAGGCAGACAUCGAUCGAGUUGUUGACUUUGUAGACCAGGCGCUAAAACUCGCUUCCGAAGUCACAAAGAUAUCUGGACCGAAGCUUGUUGAUUUCAACAAGGUGAUUGAAGAAAACGCUGAAGUUAGAGCAAAGGUGCAAAACUUAAAGGAGAGCAUUGAGCAAUACAGCCGAACCUUCCCAUUGCCUGGAUAUGAAGACUAUUAG